GUCACUUGAUACAAGUAGGUAGGAGGCAAACCCUUUCCAUGCCAUUCUACAAAUUCCAGAACUCGUGAGGACGGCUUGGUGGUUGACUGUUUUGAAUGCUGCUGAAAGAUUAGGGAGUAUAAGGAUUAAUGGUAGUUUGACUGAUCUAGCACUAUUAGGUUUCUCAGUGAUGGCCAUAUGGGAAGUUUUUGUGCACUGUGCUGCUUUGAAGAAAGAUUGGAUAUCAUUUUGCAGGUUAUUCCGGUUGGCACAUGAUCAGUUGCUGCUAGAAGAGAUCAGUGGAAGAAGGUCUUGUCUGAUGAUCUGGAGGUUUGCAGAGGACCGGAUCCAGGUUGAGGUUCAACAUGGAGUCCUUCCUUAUUGCGUUAGCAAUCCUGCUACUCUUUGUCUCAGUGAACUCUGAGGAAAUGUCAUAUGAACAAUUGCUGUCCCAACUGCAUGCAUGCCCCAAAGAGUGCUACUGCCCUCCCAGCUUUCCCACUGCAGUCUAUUGCAACAACAAGGCGCUGAAAAGAAUUCCCAAGAUCCCACCUUUCACUUUAUAUCUGUACCUACAGAAUAACCUCAUUGAUGUCCUUUCUGCAGAUGCCUUCCAAAACGCCACACAGCUAAAGUGGAUCAACCUUAAUCAGAAUAAGAUCUCAAAUGAGGGUGUGGAAGAGAACGCCCUUAAAUCCAUGUCCAAAAUAUUGCACCUCUACAUGGAUGCGAACCAGCUGACCUCCAUUCCUUCCCCACUUCCCCCAAAUCUAGAGCAGCUACACCUCUCCAGAAACCAGAUCUCAAAAAUCCCAGCAGGUGUCUUUUCUGGGAAAAAGAAUCUUCUGUUACUGAACCUGCAGGGGAACAAACUUCAGGAUGAUGCGGUCACUGAGGUCACCAUUAAAGGCCUCAGUACUUUGGUUCAGAUUAACUUGGGAAAGAACCAGCUGAACAGUAUGCCUAAAGGUCUUCCUCCAACCAUUAUGCAACUCUACUUGGAUGGCAACAACAUUCAGAAGAUCCCUGCAGGAUAUUUCAAUGGGCUCCCCAAGAUGACCUUCCUAAGGCUUAAUCACAACAAACUAGUUAAUGGAGGAAUCCCAAAGAAUGUGUUCAACCUUUCUAGCAUCCUGGACCUACAGCUUUCUUACAACCAGCUUACAGAGGUACCACUCAUUUCUUCUGCUCUGGAGCAUCUACACCUGGACCACAAUAAAAUUAAAAGUGUAAACUCCUCUAACAUCUGCCCUGUUUCCAUUGAUCAUUUGGACAAAUAUUCUGAUGAAAUCGUCCCUCGACUCCGCUACCUCCGCCUCGAUGGGAACGUAAUCGAGCCGCCCAUUCCCAGAGAUCUGUUUAACUGCUUCCGUCAUCUCAGUGCUGUAGUCAUAUAGCUAAAGAACUAGGUCCCAACUUUGGCUUAGGUGGAAAGUGAAAAUGAGAAAAAGUGAAAGGAAUCAUCUUGUCGUCUUGAUGCAUUGAUACUUGGCAGAGAGAAUGGGUUUAGAGACUGUUUAUUUUGUUUCAGAAGUGACUUCUUUGUGACUGUUCAAGUCCCAGCUGGGUAAACAUGGUACAAGGGGAAUCGUAUUUGUCAGUAAGGAUGUUGAUCUGAGUGUGAGGGUAAGGCAGUCUCAUCAUGUUUGGGAAAGUAUGUACAAGCUACAAAUCACAUUGAAUCAAAUUUUAUUUGCAGGCCAGGGUGAAUAAAUAUCCAGCUUUUCCUAAAAAUGAGACUGCAUUACACAACAUUUUUGAAUUAAUAUAAUAAUAUAUAAUAUAUAUUCAUUAUAUAUUAAAUUGACAUGCACUAAAUUGCUGUGAGACAUGAGCAGUUUGAGAUCUAAUAUAGUAGUAGUUUAGUGUAUGUCAGCAAUUGAACCUAUAGAGGAAAUGAUUGAUCUCUUUUUAUUCAUUACUCAUUUUUUUGUUAUUUUUUGAGGGAAGAGGCUCAGGGUCUUUGGGAUGAUCUUUAACUGAAACAUGAAUUCUAUAGAAUUUUAAUGCAAAUCCAAAUGAUGUUAAUCACCUACAUAAUGUCUCUUUGGGUUUGGAAAUGCUGCAGACAAAAUGCUAAAUAAAACCUGCUUUUAAUCAAAUGCUGAACUCAUAGCAUUUUAUUGACUUAAUGACCUGGGAAUAGUAGCUUGUUGCCUUUACAAUAAAAUUCAAUUGUUUUAAAACUGCAUGUCUGUAUCCACGUCAAACUGUGACCAUUUAAGUGCACAUAAUAAAAAAUGAACAUGAAAAAAAUAUUACAUUACCUGUCUAUACAUAACUCUAGUAACUGAAUUACAUAAAAACAAAACGAAAAGCGAUCUGAAAUGCUGGUGUCUAAAUGUCUAAAAGUCAAUUCAAUUAAUUUUUAUUUGUA